AUGGUCUCACCCUCGUUUGCCUUGUGGUGUCGUCCGUCCCCGCCUCGCUGCCCGGUGGCUGUUCGGGGAGGAUGGGGGGCUGUGGAUCCACCGGGCUCGCCCCAGCCAGGGCUGGGGCUGAAAGAACACACGGUGGCUCUCUGCGGGCACCCGUCCCGGAGGGCCGGAGCCGGGAUUUAUUACCGGUUAUCUACUACACGUGUCCACAUACAAACUUCCCGUGUGAGUCACCGCCCGCACGGUAGAGCCCACCUCUCCCGGUGGAGGGCGGGGACAUCACCGGUCCUCUCUGGCUGCUUGAGCCGUGCCCCCAGUCCUGGCUGCCGCCUUACCCCCACAGGGGACUUGCUUGUGCCCUCCGGGCAUGGCACCCCCCCAGAGGCCCCACCGACCUGGGCCUGGUGCCGCCCGCUUCCCUGGAGCUCCAAGGCCGGACACGCCGUGGACGCGGAGAUGGGCCGCAGGAUGUUGGAGCCGGCCGCGCCCUGGAAGCAGCUACCGCUGCAGAGGAAACACCACCGGGCCUGGAGCGGACAAGCUUUUCCCCGGCCACCGGAUUCCAGCCUUGUCGGACCGAGCGGAGGGCCUGCGCAUCCGGAAGCCGCCGUUCGGGACGUGGGGGCUAAAGAGGUACGGGACCGGACGGGCGCGGCGGGGGAGAAAGCGUGGGCCAUCCGGAGCCGGUGCACCGGGGGCAUCGUGGGCUUCGACUACUCGGGACCCAAAACGCCAUCGGCCCCGGGCGUGGGCCCGAUGCGUUGGAACUUGCACCCACGCUCUGGUCCGUUCUGGCUGGCUAACUUGCCACGGUGGCACGCCCCGAGCGGGCAGAACCACUCGGGUGACGCUUGGCUGACCAUGGCAUUUCCUUCCUCUGCCGUUGCUCGUGGGGUUCUUGGGUCACUGGGGGCCAAGCCCAAGCUACGCUCACUUUCCCUUAUGGAACCCAAGCGGGCAGAAGGGCGGAGGCCCUGGGGAGGCUGGCAGAGGUGCCCGGCCCAAGCCAGAGGGCCCGGGCGCCGCACAGACCACGACCGUAUCACGGACGGCUGGUGA